AUGAAAAUAACAAUUAAACAUAAGAUCUUUAGCAAUGGAGAAAAAUCAUUAGAUUUUUUAAUGAACCAUAUUAUUGAAGAAUUUAUAUAUUGUAAUAGUUGCAGUACUCCUUGUAAAAUUAAAUUAUUAAAUAUAGAUAGUAAUAAAAUUAUAUAUAGAUGUACGAAGCGUGGGUGCAAGAGACGACAUUCGACCUUUCAUUCGACCCUUCCUCAAAUCAAAAUAUUUGGAUUGGUGUGGUUAUUUCCCCCCAGGGGGAAAUAA